AUGUCGUCAUCGGCACCGCCACCCACGGUCGACGCGCCUGACGAGCCGCAGAGCGAUACAUCCAAGUUGCGAACGUUUCUGGGGAUUUUGAAGAAGUUUAUCGGCGUUUCAGACCUGGCAGCAGUUAGAUUCUCGCUGCCGUCACAGUUGCUCGAGCCUACCCCGAACCUGGAAUACUGGACCUAUAUCGAUGCCCCCAAUGCCUUCGUUGCCAUGGGCACUUCCGACGAUCCUCUGGAUCGAAUGCUCGAAGUCGUGCGCUUCUGGCUGACCAAGGAUCUGAAAUACGCCAAAGGAAGGCCAUGCAAGCCCUACAACUCGUGCUUGGGCGAAUUCUUCAGGUGUAACUGGGAAACCGAGGAUAACGCUCCGAAAAUCAACACAUCGAGCCUUCAGCAAACUAAUGGCGCCUCCAAGGGUGGUCUUUCGACAUUGAAGGCUUCCGCCAAGAGCAGUAAGAACGCUUCCGCCGUUUCGCUUUCGGUUCCUCAGCAUGGCGCUGCAAAUGACGACAAGCUCGUCCGUGUCUCCUAUCUUACGGAGCAGACAUCUCACCAUCCUCCCGUGAGCGCCUUCAACGUCACCUGCCCCGAGAAGGGUAUCACUGCCCGUGGCUUCGAUCAGAUCACUGCCAAGUUCACCGGCACCUCCGUCAAGGUCCUCCCUGGCGAGCACAACAUGGGCAUCUUCAUCACCCUCGACAAGCGUGACGGCGAGACCUACCAACUUACGCACCCGGCUGCGCACCUCGGUGGUCUUCUCCGCGGAGCUCUGAGUGUCUCGGUCAGCGAGUUCGCAUAUAUCACCUGCCCCAAGACCAAGAUCAAGGUCAUCCUACACUACGUGGAGGAGGGUUGGUUGGGACGCACAACCAACAAGAUCGACGGUGUUGUUUUUAAGUACGACCCUGAGAAUGAUGACAAGUCUAGGGUUCAGGACGUUCCUGAAGAGGAUGUCCUCGCCCGGUUGAGCGGGCCAUGGAAGGAGAAGGUCGUUUUCACUCUUGGCCCCAGACCUGUUAAAUCUGUACCAGUUGAAGAGCAGUACACAAUUAUCGACAUUGCGCCUCUCAAUGUCGCGCCCAAGAUUAUCCCUCCCAAGGAGAAGCAGCUGCCCAAUGAGUCCCUGACCCUCUGGGGUGGUGUCACAGAUGCUAUCCAUGCCAAGCAAUACGGCAAGGCCACACAGGUCAAAGUUGAACUGGAAGAAGCUCAGCGUGAAAAGGCCCGCCAGCGCGAGGCCAACAAAGAAACAUGGCAGCCUGUCUUUUUCAAGCAUGUCACUGGUAACGAUGGUAAGCCUGACCUCACCGACAAGGGCCGCGAGGUCCUCGAGAGGGCACAGAAGGGCGACUGGUCCCUUGAGGACGUCAUGUAA